AUGGCGGCUCUUCCCGACAUUGAAACGGAGCGAGUCCAAGACCCCGCCGAACUGCAAGAGCUGAUUACCUCCCUAACCACCUCGGACGACGGAAACACGUCGUCGAUCGGUUCCGAGCUCGAGGCAUUAGAAGCCAUCUAUCCCGGUUCGAUCCUGCUCUCGUCUCCGACUGCGACUCCGUCCGUGAGCCCCACCCCUCCAACUGCGAACCCCGCCGCCACCCCCUCACACAGACUGAGAUACGAGAUCUCCCUGCCCGCAUGGGAAGAUGGCGGCGUCUCCGCUGAUGACCCCGACGCCGACGCCGCCCCGCGAAUUAGGAUCCUCGUAACCCUUCCCACGACGUACCCCGACGCCGCGCCAAGAUUGCAGAUAAUGGGACGGUAUGUCGGCGCGUAUGCGAUUGACGCUGGGCUAUUCGGAGACAUCACACGCACAUUCAUCUCCUCGGCCGGCGUGGGGUUCACUCCCGGCGUCCCAGCCGUCUUUGAAGGGCUCAUACACGUCCAAUCCCUCGUUGAGCCAUGGUAUCGCCAACGCGCCGAGGCGAGCGCCCAGGCGGAAGCGGCGCACGAGGCGACAUCUAGAGGGUUGAAUCAACCGACCGGGACAAAGGAGCUCGCGACCGGGACAAAGCUCGCGACCGGGACAAAGCUCCAGACAGGGACAAAGGCGCUCCAGACAGCGUUGGACCAGUUGAGCUUCACGUCCCACACCCGCCCCGUCCCGAAAAUCACGUCCUCGGAACCCAUCACAGAUCGCAAGUCGCAGUUUGUGGGGCAUGCGUGUCGGGUCGUGGAUGAGGAGGACGUCAUGGCGGUUGUGAGAUCUUUGCUGGAGGAUAAGCGGAUCGCACGCGCGGCGCAUCCGACCAUCUGGGCGUAUCGGACGGUUAGGGAGGUUGGCGGCGCUGCGGGACGUAUUGUCGAGAGUGACUACGACGACGAUGGCGAAACACAGGCAGGAUCACGCCUCAAGCACCUCCUCGACGUGCUGGACCUCACUGGCGUGCUUGUUGUCGUGACACGCUGGUUUGGCGGCAUCCACCUCGGCCCAGACCGCUUCAAGCAUAUCAACCAGGCUGCGCGGGAUGCGCUCGAGGCAGGCGGAUUCCUCGAGCAAGUCGCGACCAAAAAGGGCCGGCGCAAGUAG